AUGUUCUACGAUCUCAAUGUCCCAUGGCCACAGCAGUCGGGAGCUGGCGCGUCGUCAUCGAGUGGCGCUUCAUCCCAAGCUCAGUCUUCCAAGAAGAAAGCAAAGCAACAACAGCCUUUGGCGUCCUCCUCCAUAGCACCGACUCCUGAGCCGGCUUCAACUACGCCUCUCUCUGCUUUGCGUGAGCACGAUGCUACAACACUAGCGCAGAUAGUACUCGAACUGGAACAACUCAACUACUCGCACGUCGCGUUCAACCACACCGUUCACUCUAGAUAUGACCCAGCAAUCCACCCAAACUCGAUGGCUCCAUCACGAGACGGUCGUCCCAACCCGCCGUUUCCAGAGCUCGAUCCCAGAACAAGGUGCAAAACAAGCACCAAUCCAAAGACCGCCUCGAUCCACAACUCGUCGGGACUCACCCAGCUCAGUCGUUUGACUCUUGUGCUGGACGAACAAUCGAUGGCCAAGUCCGGUAGCGGUUGGGUCACCAACAAUGCCACACCACUUCAGAGCUACGAUCUGCUCGCAGUGCGUCCCACAAACGAAGCGGCGUUCCAGCACGCCUGUCUGACUCUUUCUGAGCUGAAACCUUUCAGCAUCGAUAUCAUCUCACUUGAUUUCGGUGCACAGCCUCGACUUCCCUUUUUCCUCAAGCGCUCGACCGUCAACGCAGCACUCGAGAAUGGCGUCCAAUUUGAGAUCACCUAUGCACAAGCCGUGGCAGACGAUGGCUCAAAGGCGAGGAGGAACCUCAUCAGCGGUGCCAGGGACCUACUUCGCGUCACUAAUGGCAGGGGCGUCUUCUUUUCUUCGGGCGCAACUCACGCGCUGUCAUUACGAGCACCUUACGACGUCAUCAAUCUGGGCGCCAUCUUCGGCCUCAACCCUUCUGCUGCUCGAGAUGCCAUCUCGAACAAUUGCAGAAGCCUGCUGCUGCGCUCACAGACACGCAAAACGUACAGAGGCGUCGUUUCACAUCCCGUGGUUGUUCUUCCCGAACCUCUAUCCAGUCACAAGCCAGAUGCUGCCCAAGUCAACCCUCCGGCAGUGGUCGCCAACCACGAUGAUGCGAGUGUCAAGAAGCGCAAAUCUCUGUCUCCGGAUCACCAACCUCUUGCUUCUUCCACCCUACCGAAGUCGAUGCACUCAAAGAGUAAAAAGCAACGAAUCUAA